AGCGGCAUUUUCCUACAAGUGAAAAUUUCUCAAGAGAGGAGUGUGUAGAGUGAGAAAUGGGGAAGAAUAAGGAGAAAUUGAAACCGAUUCUGGAUGAGAAGAUCACCAAGGAGCUGAAUCUGAGGGUGCUGCAGAGGAUUGAUCCUUGCAUUGAGGAGAUCCUCACCAACGCUGCUCACGUCGCAAUCUACGAAUUGAACAUCGAGGCUUCGCAGUGGAGUCGGAAGAAUGUUGAAGGCUCUCUUUUCGUUGUGAAAAGGAAUACUAAACCACACUACCAAUUUAUAGUAAUGAAUCGUCAAAACACAGAAAAUCUUACGGAGAGUCUCUGGGGAGAUUUUGUGUGUGAAGUGCAGGAUUCAUAUCUGUUAUACAGAAACCACACUGAAGAGGUAAAUGGAAUAUGGUUCUAUAUUUCAAACGACUGUAAGGAGAUUGCAAAUCUGUUUACCAGGAUACUUAAUGAAUAUCCCGAGGUGCCUACAGAGCUGAAAGUGUCUUCAAAAGAAAGUGAAGUGGAAAAGGAUGCUGCCCUAGAGCCAUCAUCUACUGCUGACUCCAAUGUUGCAGAUGGGAUUGAUGAUCUAUCUGUUGUGAAAAUUUCCAGUCUGGACCAGUCUCCAACAGCUCUUGUUUCUGAUCCUCCCACUUCACCAUCAAUAUCAGCUCCAGCUCCUGUCACAUCUCCUUCUACCCUAAAAUUGUCCAUUCCUGCAAUUUCUGAACCUAAGGAUGCUAAGACGUACAUGACUGAUCUGGUGAAGCCAUCAUUAUUUUUAAGCCCACAUCCUUCUUCUCCACAUAUUUUGCCAUCCAUAACUUCAUUUGCUCCCCCUCCACCACACUCUCCUCUCAUUUCUCCUUCAAAUCUAAAACGACCUCAUGGAGAACUUCUACUUCCAAUGUUCCCACCACCAUCCCCACAAUCUUCCACUCCAACUUCUGUUCCUACACCUACGUGUAUUAGCAGAGAAAAAAUCAGGAAAGCACUUCAAUUUCUUAUUCAGGACGAUCAAUUCAUCGAGAUUGUUUACAGAGCAGUGGUGAACGCGCCUGACGACUGAUGGAGCUUCUAUCUCCUUAAACGUGUCUGGGAAUUUACAAGUCUGCAGUUGAUAUUGGGUGUAAAAUGAUGGGUUUUGUGGAGCUGCGCAAUUUUUGGCAUAGUAAUGAAGGAGGAGAGUAUUAGUAUACUUGUGUUGUCUGUGCUAAGGAAGGCUGAGUUGGGGCAAGUUUAUGUACAUUGCAGCUGCUAAACACUCUUGCUUCUAUAUGCAUCUUUUAAACUGUGCACCAAAUAUAUUCUAUAUAGCAUGUAGGAGUAGAAUUUUCUACUCACACACACUUCACUUUCAACCAA